AUGGCACGCUCCACCAAAUCACUCGAUGUUGACGCGGAAAAGGGCGAGUCGCAGCACGUCGAAAUCGUGCCCGUCGAGGACGGCGCCGGGGGCCGUAUCCAGGACGCCGUCUUCGGCGAGCUCAGUGAGAACGGGCCAAACUACCGCAACGUCGGAUGGGUUGGGACACUGGUCCUCAUGCUCAAGGCGACAAUCGGGCUCGGCGUGCUCGCGAUUCCAUACAGCUUCCAGACUGUCGGCCUAAUCCCGGGCAUCAUCCUUCUCACUUUCGUUAUCGUGAUCGUCACCUGGAGUGAUGUGGUUGUCGGGACGUUUAAGCAGAACCACCCCGAUGUAUACUCGAUCCCCGACAUCGGGCGCGUGCUGUUCGGCCGCGCAGGCGAGUGGUUCUUCACGGCCGCCUAUGUCAUCUACAUGAUCUUCUCCGUCUCCGGCGGCAUGGUGGCAGUAUCGACCGCGCUGAACGCCGUCACAGUGCACGCGGCAUGCACGGCCAUUUUUGUCGUUGUGUCGGCCGUCAUCGCGGUCAUGUUUGCCAGCAUCCAGACCCUGGGCCGCAUCCAGUUCCUCGGCUGGUUCGGCAUCAUCUCCAUUCUCGCAGGCAUCAUGAUCGUCACUGUCGCAGUCGGGAUCCAGGACCGGCCGGCCGAGGCACCCCAAGUCGGACCAUGGGACAAGGACCUCAAGCUCUUCGCGUCGCCGACAUUCGCGCAGGCCAUGUCCACCGUCGCCGGCUUCGUCUACGCCACAUGCAACCCGCCAACUUUCAUCGGCUUCGUGUCCGAGAUGCGCGACUUCCGCCAGUACAAGAAGUCGAUGUACUGCUGCCAAAUCUUCGUCUGGGCCUUCUACAUCACCAUUGGCACUGUCAUGUACUUUUACUGUGGGCAGUACGUGGCAUUCCCGGCGCUGGGAAGUGCGGGAGUAGUAGUCAAACGCGUCGCAUACGGCAUCGCCCUCCCCGGCCUCCUUGUCACGCUCAUCAUCUACACACACCUUCCGGCCAAGUUUAUCUUCGUCAAGCUCCUGCGCGGCUCGCGCCACCUGAACACAAACACGCCGACCCACUGGGUCGUGUGGCUCGCAUGCACACUUUCCACAACAGUCAUCGCAUACAUCAUGGGCAGCGCGAUCCCAAUUUUCUCGAGCUUCGUCGGCCUCGUCGGAGCCACAUUCGCGCCCUUCAUGUGCAUGAUUCCCAUGGGCUUCAUGUGGCUCAAGGACAAUUACUGGGCGUCCGGCGCGCAGCGCACCACCCGCGUCAAGCUUCAGGCCGCUUGGGCUGCACUCGUCACCCUCAUGGGCAUAUUCCUCGUCGUAGGCGGUACGUACGCUGCCAUCCUCGAUAUCCGGGCAUCGACGUCGAAGGUCAAGCCAUGGUCGUGCACGGACAACUCGAAUUCGGUGCCGACGGCGUGA